GCUGUGGACUACCUGAAUUUCCUAUAAACGUGCCACACUGCUAAACUGUUCUAGUUGUUCUCUCUCGAACUUUUACCAAUGAUGUUUGAUACACCUGUGUUAUCGGGAACAGAUAAACUGUGACUGGAAAUUGCCUCUCAAUGGAUGAGCGGAAGAUUAAAAAGAGGAGCCCCAAGUCCUCCACCAGUCACCCUCCCCCUCUAGUGAAUUCCAAGAAAAACUCUGUGCCACUUAGCAAAAGCACUGGAUUUGCGAAUGCGGUGGAACAGCCAACUGGACAAAAACCAAAGCUGAAAAGAGUCCUUAAGGAGAAGUCGAAAUCUCAAGGAGAGAGUAAAGGUGCUUCUUCUGCUCCAAUUCAGCACUCCUUUCUUACGGAUGUGUCUGAUGUUCAGGAAAUGGAGAAGGGUCUCUUGAGUCUGCUCAAUGACUUUCACUCUGGCAAACUGCAAGCAUUUGGAAACAACUGUUCAAUCGAACAAAUGGAACAUGUCCGAGGGAUGCAGGAAAAGCUUGCACGCCUGCACUUGGAGUUAUAUGGUGAGCUGGAGGAACUUCCAGAAGACAAGCGCAAAAUUGCAAGUGAUUCCAAUCUUGAUCGACUACUUUCUGAUUUGGAAGAGCUGAAUUUGUCUAUACAAAAGUUACAUCUCGCAGAUGCUCAGGACAUCCCAAAACCCCCAGCCAACUGAAUUUUAUUUACAAAGAGUUUUUGUUUAAAAAACGUUUUAAAAACAACCUUUCUUUUGAAUACAUGUACAACUGUAUAAGAAUCCCUAUACUUGGGAUAUUACUGAUAUUCCAGUCUGCAUAUGAAACAACCUGUUCAUUUGCAUUUCUAAAAUUACCGCCUUUCCUGAUAUUUUUUUUAAAUCAAGACCAGAAACAUUCGCUGCUACUAAUCUUUUACAUUCCUUAGGGCUAUGACACUCGGUGCUACUUGUCGCAGCUCGAAAAUAUCCUGUCAUAGAUAAAGCAAGAAUUGUCUCUGCUGAAACACGUUUUAGCAGGAAUAAUUAUAAAUACUGUCUAUUUUGAAGUAGCUCUGUGUGUAAUUGCCCUUACUGUUGUGGUGCAUACACAAACACUUGAAUCAUUAGCUGUACCUAGAGAGGUGCAUGUGCAAACAUUCUGUAUUACAAAAAAAAUAGCAUACUCCCCGAAGAUAGUCAAUGGUCAUUAUGAGGCCUCUGCAAAACAUUGGCCCUGCUUGAGUAUAUCUUACAAUUUAAUCUGUUUGACAGAUAUGUGAAAUGACAUAGUCCUCCAUUAUAGAAAUUUUGACAGCAAGUCACAGGCUUAACUGUCAUUUAUUGCUUUUGGGAAGCUCCCGUAUGUAUUAAACAGCUAAUGCACAGUUGUCCGGGUAAACACUUGAUAACUGACGUUAUUUGUCCUGUUUUGCUAUAACUGUUGACUCGAGUGUUCUAUUUAUGGUAUUAGACCCCCAAAAAGCAGUUUAUCAGGUUUUUGUCAAGCAGAGGUUCGUCCAAUUUAUGACAUUGCUAACUUACUAAUCUAUCAAAAGUAUUUUUAUUUAACCUCUUCAUUGCAACAAUCAUAGAAUCUGCAGUGCUGACAUAAAGUACUAGUGUGCCAAUGAUGUAGAUUGCAUUUUGGUGAACCCUAUUUGAAUAACCUUUUGUUAAGCAACAUGUACUACAGGCUGCACUUGCCUCUGUUGGCUUUUUAAAUGCUUAAAUGUAUUAAACAUUUUGUGGAUGUGGCUACAAAUGUAAUGUAUGCAGAUUUUAUGUGCAAGCAUAAAAUAUUUUUGUAUGCAUGUAUCUUCGCUUAAAAUUAAAGUUUAAGAAGAUGGUUUGAAUCAGA